AUGAAAAAGCGUACCCAACCCGUCAAGCAUGGUCCCGUUGUUCUCCCUUCGGAACUUGUGAGAGAAAUCUUGUCGUGGCUUCCGGUGAAGACCCUCAUGCAAUUCAAGUCUGUUUCCAAGUUUUGGAAAUCACUAAUCACUAUAGACAAAGAGUUCGCAAAACUGCAUCUGGGAAGAUCACCAAAAACCAGUCACGUACUCCUCACCUUAAAAGAAGAAGAAGAAGACAGUAGAAACUGCGUCAUCGCACCGUGCUCCCUGCGUCUUUUGCUCGAGGAGCCAUUGUCCAUGAUCGAUGAAGACCUAUGUUACAAUUUUUUGGCCAAGUACUUCGUCAUUGGAUCAAGUAACGGCUUGGUCUGUUUGGGUUCGAGAAACUUUUAUGAUUUUGAUUUUGGCACUAUGGACAAGUUUUGGGUCCGAAUUUGGAACCCAGCCACACAAUUAAGGUCCAAGAAAUCACCAGCCUUUAGUAUCGGCAACAGCAAGAGGUUUGGGUUUGGCUAUGAUGAUUCACGUGACACUUACAAGGUGGUGGUGCUUUCAGAUUAUCCUAGUCGUGGAAAGAUGAUAACAAAGACAAUGGUUUAUUGCAUGGGUGAUAGUCACUGGAGAAAUAUUUCGAGUGAUCCCGGCAGACCACUUUCGCUAAUGUCGAGAGUUGGGAAAUUCGUGGGUGGCUGUGUUAAUUGGUUAUUAGAAGAUCCCAACAAUUUGUAUGAACACAUUGGGGAUAGUGAGGACGAUGAGUGCGACGAUAUUAUCCAAAUGGCCAUUCUUUCAUUUGACAUGCGUGAGGAGACAUAUAGAUUUUUGUCAUUGCCGGAUACUGGUGGCGUGCCUUAUACUAGCACAGGCUUUGGAGUUUUGGGGGAUUGUCUGUGUCUUUAUUAUAACCAUGAGGAAACCCAUUUUAUUGUGUGGCAAAUGAGAGAGUUUGGAGUUCGAGAGUCUUGGACUCGAUUGAUGAGUGUGAGUUAUGCACAUCUUCGAUGUGAAAGGUAUGCAUUUAGUCUACCAAAAAUAUGCUUAUGUGAAGAUGGUGACAUCCUGAUGCUUAUACAUGGUUUCAAAGCUAUCAAGUAUAACCUAAGAGAGAAUAGCGUGAAACAUGUUCAACACCCCGACAACAAACUUUGGCUGAAUGUCAACACUUAUGUCCAAAGUUUGGUUUUACCUCGUUAA